CAACCUCACUAUAUAAAUACUCCGAAAAACUUAAACAGAAGAAACCUCAAGAACCCUAAAUCCCGCAUCUACGCGCUCAUUCAUUAUUCAUUUCGAUUUCCAUCUCUAUCUAGAUCUAAAUUUUUCAUCGAGCUUCAGGAAUUGGAGAUUGAAGAUGGUGUCGGACGCAAGCAAGAAGAAGGCUGCGCAGAAGAAGAUCGCCGCCGCAGCUAAGAGAGGCGGCAAGGCUGCUGCUGCCGCGGUUGCUUCCAAGGUGGCGGCGGUUGACGCUCAUAAGGCGGCUGUUAAGGUGGCGAAUGAGAUCGCCGACCUUCGUAUAUCGGAUCGUACUUGUACUGGUGUCCUCUGCUCCCAUCCUCUGUCCAGGGAUAUUCGGAUAGAAUCUCUAUCGGUUACAUUCCAUGGACAUGACCUAAUAGUUGAUUCUGAAUUGGAGUUAAACUAUGGAAGACGCUAUGGUCUACUUGGAUUAAAUGGAUGUGGAAAAUCUACUUUGCUUACGGCAAUAGGUUGCCGUGAACUGCCGAUUCCUGAGCACAUGGAUAUCUAUCACCUUAGCAGGGAAAUUGAAGCCACAGAUAUGUCUGCAUUGGAGGCAGUCAUAAACUGCGACGAGGAAAGAUUGAAGUUGGAAAAAGAAGCGGAAGCUUUGGCUGCCCAGGAUGAUGGUGGUGGUGAAACUCUUGAACGGAUUUAUGAACGAUUAGAAGCCCUAGAUGCAGCAACUGCAGAAAAGCGUGCUGCUGAAAUUUUACAUGGUCUCGGUUUCAACAAGGAGAUGCAAGCAAAGAAGACACGUGAUUUUUCUGGUGGCUGGAGAAUGAGAAUUGCACUAGCUCGAGCUCUAUUUAUGAACCCAACCAUUCUUCUACUUGAUGAACCAACCAAUCACCUUGAUUUGGAAGCUUGUGUAUGGCUUGAGGAGAGCUUGAAGAAGUUUGACCGUAUACUGGUUGUGAUUUCACACUCUCAGGACUUCCUUAAUGGUGUCUGCACAAAUAUUAUCCACAUGCAAAACAAAAAACUAAAGCUUUACACCGGUAACUAUGACCAGUACGUUCAGACUCGUUCUGAGUUGGAAGAGAACCAGAUGAAGCAGUACAAAUGGGAGCAAGAGCAGAUUGCCUCAAUGAAGGAAUAUAUUGCUCGAUUCGGCCACGGUUCGGCAAAACUAGCUCGCCAAGCACAAAGUAAAGAGAAAACACUGGCUAAAAUGGAACGGGGUGGACUUACCGAGAGAGUGGUUAAAGACAAAGUCUUGGUGUUCCAUUUUACUGAUGUGGGAAAACUUCCCCCUCCUGUUCUUCAGUUUGUUGAGGUGACGUUUGGUUAUACCCCUGAUAAUCUCAUUUACAAGAAUAUCGACUUUGGUGUUGAUUGUGACUCUAGGGUAGCCCUGGUUGGACCCAACGGUGCCGGAAAGAGUACACUACUGAAACUCAUGACGGGUGACUUAAUUCCCAAUGAUGGCAUGGUCCGGCGUCACAACCAUCUUCGAAUUGCUCAAUUUCACCAGCACUUGGCUGAUAAGCUGGACAUGGAGAUGUCUGCACUCCAGUUUAUGAUGAAAGAGUACCCUGGAAAUGAGGAAGAGAAGAUGAGAGCAGCUAUUGGGAAGUUUGGGCUGUCAGGUAAAGCUCAGAUAAUGCCUAUGAAGAACUUGUCUGAUGGGCAGAGGAGCCGUGUGAUAUUUGCAUGGCUAGCCUGGAAGCAGCCUCAUUUGCUACUCCUGGAUGAGCCAACUAAUCAUUUGGAUAUCGAGACAAUUGACUCAUUGGCCGAGGCAUUGAACGAAUGGGAUGGCGGCAUGGUGCUCGUUAGCCAUGACUUCAGGCUCAUAAACCAGGUGGCCCAUGAGAUAUGGGUGUGUGCAAAUCAAACUAUCACCAGAUGGGAUGGUGAUAUCAUGGACUUCAAGAUGCAUCUCAAAUCACAGGCAGGCUUAUCUGACUGAAGUUGAUAGGUGCUGGGGCAUGUGCUAUUGGCUCGGAUUUGGUGCUGCCAUUUGAGUUGCGGAGUUACUCAAGGCGGAUGAAUGAUGAUGAAGUUCAAUGACAGAUUCGGUGCAUAAAACCUUGCAAUAUUUUUUUGUUGCCAAGAUGUCUCUUCACCCCCUUAAAAUGGCGCUAAUAUAUAGGAUACUGUUCUCUUAAUAUGAUUUAAUUGCUUGGCUUUUUGCCAGCAUGAUAAGAUGGUAUGGUAUCUUAAGUAUUAGAUAUGAUCCCCAUCUGAAUCACGCAUGCGCUUGUUCUAUAUAUGAUAUAUGUUAAGAUAUUAUAUGUUGUACCGAGAUAUUAUGGUAUUUUCUAAUAAUAACUGUUAGACUUCGUCCCA